UCACCCCCCCUUUUUAUUCCCCCCCCCAGUAACGAUGAUCGAAGUCGUUUGCAACGAUCGUUUGGGCAAAAAAGUGCGGGUGAAAUGCAAUACGGAGGAUUCCAUCCGUGACCUGAAGAAAUUGAUUGCGGCACAAACCGGGACCCGAUGGGAUAAAAUCGUCUUGAAGAAAUGGUACACCAUCUUCAAGGAUCACGUCACGCUUGGGGACUGUAUCCUUGCCCUUUAAAUGUGGGGUGGGGGUCAACGUUGGCCCCACAUCUUCAGAAAAGCCUGGAAGGACGAUCCCAUACCCCAUAACCCCCCCAAGUACCCCAU